GUUUGGUUUACCUCUCUUCUAACGCGUACUUGUUUAAAUAUAGAUUGGUUUUUACGCAACUGUUACUAAUUUUAGAUAUUAUUAUCAUAUGCAUAGAUGAAAUGGUGAUUUACUAACUUACUGAGGGAACACAAAGAUGAGUUCGAGUGUUUCGACAAAUGUGUACGAGUGUCCCUCCUGGGAAGUGUAUCCUAGGAUAUAUUAUUUCUACAGACGAUACACAGAUCUUUUGACGAGAUACAAAAGAGUGACAGGGUUGCUUCCAAAAUGUUUACAUGACGACAGGAUAGUCUCUCAACUUGACAAAAUACGAGAUUAUUUCGACAGCGGUGUUAGGUUGAACGUGAUUGGAAAAGAAGUGGGUUUAAAAGAUUUAGUGUUCUCUAUACCAGACAAAAGUGUUUCAAGGGGAUCUCCCAGGGUUGUAGUCUUCAUAUGUCAUACUGACAUUCGAACCCUUGAUCUCGAAGGACUUGAGGACAUAAAUGCUUUGCUUCACACACUGACCGAAGACUUUCCAGCUGACUCAAGAAAGGAAAAUGUCAUAUAUAUAUCGUGUGGAAUCGAAAAAAGUUUUAGUGACAAAGAGAUUGAAGAUUUCAAGUCAGUCGUUACAGAUAUUGCUAAACGGUUGGCGAUACGGCAUGAGAAUAUCUUGAUUGGACCUGAAAAAAGCUGUCUAAAGACAAAGAUAUCAGACGAACUUGAAAAAAUAAUCAUGGCAGGAUUUCAGAAAAUCAGUGCGUACCUACAGUCCUUUGAUCUGGAUGACAAAGAAAGCUCGUCUGAGAAAGAUAACAUUUUAGAGACCGACGUGGUUGUAAACGCGAUCCGUGACUUUUUACGGAAUCCUUAUACAAACAGUGAAAUCAACUUCAUGAUACAUGAAGAGAAAGACGGUGAAAGAUUUCUCGAGGAAGUCAUUAAACAUUUGUGUCGUGCCAUUAAAAGUGCAGCUGUUAAUCAAUUAGCAAAGAAACACAAACUUCGACCGGGGAUAUGUAAUGCAUUUUUGCAUGAAAUACAAUUCGAGGAGGCUUUAAGUUUAUCGGUGUCGAAAAGCACACGCCAUCACUUACGCAAACUAAAUGAUACCAACAAACGCUACUCAUUCGACUUCCUGCUAUAUCCGCUUCAGUCGGAUAUGAAACCGGUUUUCGAAAUGACAGACGGGAAACUUUCGGCUAUGAGACGUCUUUCAAUGACGAUACGGCGACUGAUUUUCGAGAUAAAUGGUUAUUUGAAACAGUCUACUGUAAUUUCAGAAAACCAGAUAGACAGUGAGGACGUGCCAGUAAAAGUCCCAGAAAAUCUGCGACGGGAUAUUUUAAAGAUCAAAGGAGUGUAUGGCCUUGGAACAGUUUAUGGAAAUCUUGAGAUACACCUCGAUGAAAAGGAGAAAGAAGCAAUCGUAGAUACAGAGAAGACCAGUAACGCAAACACUCUGUGUGAUGGUGCGAAACGGACAAAUGUAUCAGACCAGCACUCGGAGGAAAUGGAAAUCGAAGCGGACGACUCAGAAAACCAACAAAAAGAUCGAAUUCAAGAAAAUGAUAUCACAGAUGUGAAAUCUAAAAUAGCAGUACAACUUCGGAACCACAACUUCCAUUUUCCUUACAGUAUAAGGUAUAUCCGAAGCAAAGCGAAGGAAAUGAAUGGCUCAUUUGAACCCGGUGAUACCUUGCACUGUCAGACUAAACAAAGAGGAACAUUUACCAAGGGAACGUUGGGUACAUUUUUGAAUUCAACGGAUGGAACACUUUAUGGAUUAACUUGUGCGCAUGUUGUAGAUGGUACUGUGAGAGUAUUUGUACAAAAAGGAGGAUACAAUCCGUUAAGUAUUUCUCAACAUGUUGUCAAAUCCGGUCACGACGAAUGUCGACUUAUUGAUAUAGCUGCCUUAAAAGUGAUCCAUACCUUGCAAGAAAGCAGUAAGAGUUCCUUAGAAAAUAAUGUUUGGCGCGUGACAAAAGCUAAUCUAGAGCAGAAUUCUCCAGUAAACUUAGUUGGCCGUUAUGUCCAUAAGUUUGGUGCAGAAACUGGUUUGACACAAGGAAUAAUAAUGACUGUUGACUACAGUAAAUAUGGUCCAAAGGCUGAAGAUUACAUAGUGAUCAUAGACCCAUUAGCAGCUAAUAACUUGAAGGAUCUAGAGGACAUGGUCGGUUCAUUUUGCGAAUCCUUGUUAGUGUCUUUACCUCAGGAUGGAACCAGACAACAGAAUGAAGACAGUGAUGCAAACAUGGAAGCACCUGUAGUACCUUCCAAUGAAACAAGUGAAGAAGGAGCUGAAGCUGAAGCUGAAGCUUGUGCGUCCGAUAAAAAAGUAGAGUGUAUAAAGUCAAGAAAAAGAAAAUUCGAAAACGAAGAUACUGCAACACAAUUAGAAAGUACGCUCAAUGCUGAAGCUUCAUGUGCUCAUAUUAACAAUGAAAAUCAAGGUAUUGCAGAUGCAGAUAAAGUUAUGGUUGCUGGCAACAGGAUCUUGUGUUCUAGGAAUACAAAUACGGAUGUUGAUACUACUUCUGAUAUAUACAUGAGGUGUCCACAAGAUACACAGGAAUGCACGAAUGUUAAGUUGUAUGUCAGAUACAUGAAUGAAUCUGAUUUAGAUCAAUACAGAAACGAUGCAGUUAAUGUCUUUGCUAAAGCGGGCGAUAGUGGGUCAGCUAUUUGUACACAAAAUCUCUCUCCUCAAAGCCCGACAUACUCAGCUAUAGCGAUGCUUUCGGCCGGUGAUUUGGAUAUUGAAGGACACUCUGGCAAAAAAGCAUUAUCUUUUAUGUUUAAAGAUGGACUGAAAAAAUUGCAUGAACACUGCCAAAUAGAAUUUUGAUUGCUUUGUAUUAUAACACUUGAAGCCAGCCUGUUUGUGUGCAUGUAAGUAAAGCACGUAAGAGAGAGAUAGAGAGAGAGAGAGAGAGAGAGAGAGAUAGUAGGGGCGGUUAGUAGUUAGAGAGAGAUCCUGUUUGAACGAUUGGGUACAUAUAAUUUCAAGAUAAGACCCGUGACUUUUGUUUCCAAAAUGACUUCACGUACUUUUAUCAGUAUCAUUGGGCGUUUGAUAUAAAUGGUGUUUUACUUUAAGUUUAGAAGUUUAAGAGUUUAACUUUGAAUCAUAGUAUCAUAUAGUUUCAUUUUGUGUUUCAUCUCAUCCAUCAUGCUAUCAAAACAGGAAGAUAUAUGGUACGGUCAAAAUUUGUUCAAAAGUAGUAAGGGAAACGAUGCAUAGCUCCGCGCUUGUAAUAUUAUCAUUCCAUUUAAAUUUGUCUUGAAAAGUAUUGUUCAAAAUACAAUUGAGAGAAGGCAUAAAAAUCAUAAUUUUAACACGUCCAAAACAUUGUGGAAUGAUACUUAUUUCACUUGGGUAUUGAUUACAAUUUGCUCGGACUUUAUCAUAGACUCCCUGUGUAAAAUCUCAAACUUUUAACUAAAAUAAAGGUAUUAAAUCGA